CAUAGAAGUAGAAGCAGGACGAUUAUUUUUGCCUACUCGGAAAUUACGAUACGAAACGUUGACCCUUCUGAACGAAUACAGAGUCAGGCGGGGCCCAACUAUUCGAUUCAUAUCGCGUGAUUUCUGUAUUAAUGUAGAAGAAGCGAAAAGAAAUUCGACGUUGCGAACGUACGGAGAUUAAGUCGAUCCGCUCAUACUUACAUUUCUAGCACGCUGUGGUUUUCUGUCAAAUUGCUAAAGAUAACAAGACAUGGAGAAUGGGUCCCGAGCCACAUGGUAGGAAAAUACGAUGCGUACUUUGUAAAAGUUCCAAGGAAAAUCUGACAACUGGACCAUUAUCGACGAAAGAUUCUGUCACCGCUCAUCAGAACUGCUUGCUUUAUUCAUCUGGGGUUAUUUGUCAGAACUCGCCAGAGUUUGACGACUUGUUUGGUUUCACUGUAAAAGAUGUCCAGAAUGAGAUGAGGAGGGGAAACAGACUGAUUUGCUACAGGUGUAAGAGGAAGGGUGCCACGGUGGGGUGUGAGGUGAAACGCUGUCAGAAGUCCUACCAUUACCCCUGUGCUGUGGAAGACGGGGCCCACAACGUCGAAGACCGUAUUGAAGGGAAGUAUACGGUGUACUGUCAGAAGCAUAAUCCAGAGUUAGGAGCAUCCAAUGGUACAUCUUUGUCCUGCAACGGUGAUUCAGACACAGAGAAGAACAACAAUGGAGAAACGUCAUCCAAGCUGUUUUGUGUCAUCUGUGAAAAGAAAGAGGAGAGCGUCAGUCUAGAACACAUCGACAGUGGCAUUUUCAAGUUGUAUUGUGAAAAGCAUAAACCACUGUCGUUUCAGAAAGAGCUGAAUGGACCCUCAUCUUGCAAGUGUGACUACAACACACCUGAAAACCAACGGCAGACACAAACACCCAAGAGACGCUUGAACUUCUCUAACAAACAGGAAGUGACAUCAUCAAGAAAGUCCAAACACAGGAGGAUAAUGGAUAACUCCUCAGACUCAGAUGGAGAUGUGAAUAGGAUUGAUAUGAAGUUUUCCCCUCUGGAGUCCAAUCUAGAAGACCUUGUCAACUCUGAACACAGUUCCAGUCAUUGGCAGCAGAGAACGGGAAGGAAAGGUGGCCAAAGAGGAGUUGGCUUUGGGGAUGACCAGUGAAAUAUACCUGCUGGAGCGCUUGCUACGGUAAUCAUGCUGAGACCACCAUUGCUUCCACCACAGGAAAUUAGCCAGCACCUGAAGAUGGGGACUGUACAUUAAUCGACUCCGUGAGUUACACAACUUUAUUUCUUUGACUACUCUUGUCCAAUAUUUCUCCUGUGGCAUUACUGUAUCUCUAUACUGGUCCUAAACCAUUGAUUCAACCAUAAGGUGCUACAGAGGGUAGUGCGUACGGCCCAUUACAUCACUGGGGCCGAGCUCCUUGCCAUCCAGGACCUCUAUACCAGGCGGUGUGUCAGAGGAAGGACCUAACAUUCUUCUGACACCAUCCACCAAAGCCAUAGACUGUUCUGUCUGCUACUGCACGGUAACGGUACCAAGUCUGGAACCAAUAGGACCUUCUACCCUCAAACCACGAGGCUACUUUACAAGACUACUAAUCAUAUGGCUACUCGGACUACCUGCAUUGGCCCUUUUUUUGCACUCUAUGCACACACUGGACUCCUCUCUCUCACUCACUCACACAGUUAACAUAAACAUAUGCAUACUGACGCCACACUCACCACAUACGCUGCUGCUACUGUCCAUCUGUCACUUUAACCCUAGCUAUGUGUACAUAUCUACCUCAAUUACCUCGUUCUCCCUGUACAUAGCCAUGUUAUUACCUCGUACCCCUGCACAUUGACUCAGUACUGGUACUCCCUGUACAUAGCCAUGUUAUUACCUCGUAUCCCUGCACAUAGACUCGGUACUGGUACUCCCUGUACAUAGCCAUGUUAUUACCUCGUAUCCCUGCACAUAGACUCGGUACUGGUACUCCCUGUACAUAGCCAUGUUAUUACCUCGUACCCCUGCACAUUGACUCUGUACUGGUACUCCCUGUACAUAGCCACAUUAUUUCUACUCGUUAUUCACUGUAUUUAUUCCUUGUCACUUUCUAUUUGUAUUUUUUUACAAAUCUUUAUCUUUUAACCCUGCAUUGUUGGGAAAAGGACCCAUAAGUAAGCAUUUCACUGUUAGUCAACACCUGUUGUUUAUGAAGAAUGUAACCAAUUGAAUUUGAUCUUUCUCCAGGAUGCUGGGUCCCAGAGUCUUUUGCUGCCAGUGAUGCUGUGUGUUGCAUCUGAAGAACCCUCUCAGGCCACAGUGUGCAGUUCUGAGUCUUGUCAAGGUUCUGUUCCGCACUCACCUGGUUCACCACACGGCAGCUCUCACUCACCUGGACCUGCUAUUGAUCCCAUCUUGCCUGUCCACUCACCUGACUGCUCAUCCGUCCACUCUGGUCCACUCAAUUUGGCCAGCACAGCUAUUGUGUGUUAUGGCCCAGUAUCCUCUCCUCCAUCUCCCUCUACUCCCUCUCCACACGCUGUCUCCCAGUGUCCCCUUGCAAGGCCUGGAGGCCCGGGUUCACUUGGUGGUUCUGGCUCCGGCAAUGCAGCCAGCAGGGUGUUCUGGAGGAGGUGUACCGAAGCAGGGUGUACAGAGUCAAUCUUCACCACCUUCAUCUCUGACAUGGUCGGCAUCUCCAAGAGGAUCCUGUCAGAUCAGGCCAGUCAGGAGGAUUAUGAUCUCUCUCUGAAAGUGAUUGAGGCCUCUGGAAAAUUAUCACAGAUGCUUUCACAGCAGGAGAGAGAGUUUAAGAAGAAGCAAAGGGAGCUACAGAGAGCUACGGCAGCCAUAAGAGAAGCCAGGUCAGCCCUGAAAAGAUGAGCGGCACUGCCAGAAAUUACAGCCUUCAAAGUUCAAUUCACCUUUCCUCAUUUAUAUUUAUAAUUUGAUUUCUCAAAUGUUUUUUGAAAAAACUUGUUCCGCUUUCUUAUCAUAAUACCAAACACAUAACCUAAUCUUAUAUUACUACCGUGUUUUAUAUCUAGUAGAAGCAAUUGUCAAACAAGAAGAGGCUGGCUUUUUCACUUGCCAGAAAAGGGACUUUAUAGCUUCACCAAUGUAAAAAAAAAAAAUGUACAGUACCAGUCAAGUUUGGACACGCCUACUCAUUCAAGGGUUUUUCUUUAUUUGUACUAUUUUUUUUUU